GUUCACCUGGGUUACGUAAAUUCCAAUAAACUCUCUAGCCUAUGUCUACCUAUUAAAACUUUAGGCCCUCCCUCUCAAGUAGGGCGACCUAGUUAGAAUGGGCAAGCGCUCUCUAUAAACUCCAUGCUAGUUCUUCAAUCAUUGCAAAUGUGUCUGACUCGAACAGCCUCCUGUUGAAACACUUUCCCUGUUUCCCAUAGGACGCUGUCAUUGGAUUAGUUCUAUUAUCCAGACAGGAGUGCCAUCCCUACUCCCGGUACUUCAGACUAAGGCUUGCUGACUGUCAAGGUUGUCCACCGGCACCGCACUGCCACCUACUCGACCGGACCUGCAAAUUGGCUUGAUUGUGUGCUCAGGACGCAACGAUGGGGAAGGACGACGCAAGAGCAGAGUGGGACAAUCCCAUGCAAUUUGUCCUGGCGUGUAUAUCAUACGCGGUUGGACUGGGAAAUGUGUGGCGUUUUCCAUACUUGUGUCAAAUGCAUGGCGGGGGUAAGCAAUAUUUAUUUAUUUAUUUAUUUAUUGUUUUCCGACAACAGGUGCAGCGCAGAGCCUAAUUUCGGGUUUCAUCCAUAAUAUAUUGUAAAUUUAGGCCCACAGUUAUUUUUGAUUAAAUAUCGAACUGCAAUAUUUGACACUGUUUAAAAUUAAUGAAUACAAUUAGUGUUUACUGAUUGAAAGUUGUAAUGUAGGCUAUAUGAAUAGCCAGUCAGUGGCCCAAUUUAUUCACCUUUAUCCAUGCGCAAUGGCGCACUGAUCUUGUGCGGUUGUAGAAUGGGUUAGUUAUUAUUUUACCCUGGGUGAAACGUUAUCAGUUUAUUAUCCAUUUACAGGGAAUCUGAAAGCUUACCAUAUGGUUGUUAAACAUUUCUAAUGAGUGAAGGUGUUACUGUGCAGCCUUUUGUUUUCUUCCUCUAAAAGUUAAUGGUGCAGGAAAUUUGCAAUGGUUUUUGAAAAAUUCUCUCACUUAGUUGUUAGUUCAAUUAAUAUUUUUCAUAUUCCUCCCCAUAAGUCACUGAGAACAUUUAGUCCACUCAAAAACAGAGGGUAUGCAUGUACCAAAGCCCAUACAUAAAGGAGCUUUUAAAAGCACACGCAUAAAAUAACUUUCCACUCCAAGUUUGGAUUGAUACAGAGCCCACUUUUAACCCUUAACACGCCCCGUUGUUUGUCACAGAAUAACAAUGGAUCAGCAUUUGCUUUUGUAUUUCGCUUUUAAUGGUCUCAACUGAUUACAAAGUUUUACAAUUAGUAGCCUAACAGUCAACAGGUGUUUAUGUUGUGUUCUUCCAUUCAUAGAUUCCUAGAAAAUGUUCACAUACAGGAGACUCCUUGAUGCCUCGGUUGCUUUAAGGCCCAUAUGUCCAUUCCAUAAAUACAGAUGUGGUAUGCUAGUAGAGUUAUUGUGUAUUUAUUAUUGUAGAGUUAUUGCCUUAAUGUAAUUGUCCAGUAAAAAAAAAAAAAUCAAAGUUAAUAUUCUGUUAACUCAUACCCAUAUAAUGUUGUUGUCUCGUCCUAUACUCGUAUUUGUGUCCAAAGCAUAAAUUGGAUAAACAAAAACACUUCAAAAACCCCAACUCAAACUUGUAUCUCAAACAGUCAGUUUAAAAAAUGCUUGCUAUUUCCUCAUCGAGUAUCAAAUCAAUCAAAUCGACAACAAAAAAUGUCACAUCCUUCGUACACAACAGGUGUAGACUAACGGUGAAAUGCUUACGGACCCUUCCCAACAAUGCAGAGAGUAAUAACAAGAGGAAUAAAUACACAAUGAGUAACGAUAACUUGGCUAUAUACACAGGGUACCAGUACCGAGUCGAUGUGUAGGGGUACGAAGUAAUUGAGAUAGAUAUGUACAUAUACAGUGGGGAAAAAAAGUAUUUAGUCAGCCACCAAUUGUGCAAGUUCUCCCACUUAAAAAGAUGAGAGAGGCCUGUAAUUUUCAUCAUAGGUACAGGUCAACUAUGACAGAAAAAAUGAGAUUUUUUUUCUCCAGAAAAUCACAUUGUAGGAUUUUUAAUGAAUUUAUUGGCAAAUGAUGGUGGAAAAUAAGUAUUUGGUCAAUAACAACAGUUUCUCAAUACUUUGUUAUAUACCCUUUGUUGGCAAUGACACAGGUCAAACGUUUUCUAUAAGUCUUCACAAGGUUUUCACACACUGUUGCUGGUAUUUUGGCCCAUUCCUCCAUGCAGAUCUCCUCUAGAGCAGUGAUGUUUUGGGGCUGUCGCUGGGCAACACGGACUUUCAACUCCCUCCAAAGAUUUUCUAUGGGGUUGAGAUCUGGAGACUGGCUAGGCCACUCCAGGACCUUGAAAUGCUUCUUACGAAGCCACUCCUUCGUUGCCUGGGCGGUGUGUUUGGGAUCAUUGUCAUGCUGAAAGACCCAGCCACGUUUCAUCUUCAAUGCCCUUGCUGAUGGAAGGAGGUUUUCACUAAAAAUCUCACGAUACAUGGCCCCAUUCAUUCUUUCCUUUACACGGAUCAGUCGUCCUGGUCCCUUUGCAGAAAAACAGCCCCAAAGCAUGAUGUUUCCACCCCCAUGCUUCACAGUAGGUAUGGUGUUCUUUGGAUGCAACUCAGCAUUCUUUGUCCUCCAAACACGACGAGUUGAGUUUUUACCAAAAAGUUAUAUUUUGGUUUCAUCUGACCAUAUGACAUUCUCCCAAUCCUCUUCUGGAUCAUCCAAAUGCACUUCAGACGGGCCUGGACAUGUACUGGCUUAAGCAGGGGGACACAUCUGGCACUGCAGGAUUUGAGUCCCUGGCGGCGUAGUGUGUUACUGAUGGUAGGCUUUGUUACUUUGGUCCCAGCUCUCUGCAGGUCAUUCACUAGGUCCCCCCGUGUGGUUCUGGGAUUUUUGCUCACCGUUCUUGUGAUCAUUUUGACCCCACGGGGUGAGAUCUUGCGUGGAGCCCCAGAUCGAGGGAGAUUAUCAGUGGUCUUGUAUGUCUUCCAUUUCCUAAUAAUUGCUCCCACAGUUGAUUUCUUCAAACCAAGCUGCUUACCUAUUGCAGAUUCAGUCUUCCCAGCCUGGUGCAGGUCUACAGUUUUGUUUCUGGUGUCCUUUGACAGCUCUUUGGUCUUGGCCAUUGUGGAGUUUGGAGUGUGACUGUUUGAGGUUGUGGACAGGUGUCUUUUAUACUGAUAACAAGUUCAAACAGGUGCCAUUAAUACAGGUAACGAGUGGAGGACAGAGGAGCCUCUUAAAGAAGAAGUUACAGGUCUGUGAGAGCCAGAAAUCUUGCUUGUUUGUAGGUGACCAAAUACUUAUUUUCCACCAUAAUUUGCAAAUAAAUUCAUUAAAAAUCCUACGAUGUGAUUUUCUGGAUUUUUUUCUUCUCAAUUUGUCUGUCAUAGUUGACGUGUACCUAUGAUGAAAAUUACAGGCCUCUCUCAUCUUUUUAAGUGGGUGAACUUGCACAAUUGGUGGCUGACUAAAUACUUUUUUUCCCCACUGUAGGUAGGGCAAGUGACUAGGCAACAGUAUAGAUAAUAAACAGUAGCAGCAGCGUAUGUUAUGAGUCAAAAGAGUUAGUGAAAAGAGGUCAAUGCAGAUAGUCUGGGUAGCUAUUUGGUUAACUAUUUAGUAGUCUUAUGGCUUCCAUAAGAUACAGACUUGGUACAGACUUGGUGUAUCGGUACCACUUGCCGUGCGGUAGUGGAGAGAACAGUCUGUGACUUGGGUGGCUGGAGUCUUUGACAAUUUUUAGGACGUUCUUCUGACACCACCUGGUAUAGAUGGCAGGGAGCUCAUCCCCAGUGAUGUACUGGGCCGUACGCGCUACCCUCUGCAGGGCCUUGCGGUCAGAUGCCAAGCAGUUGCCAUACCAAGCAGUGAUGCAGCCAGUCAAGAUGUUCUCAAUGGUGCAGCUAUAGAACCUUUUUAGGAUCUGAGGGUCCAUGCCAAAUCUUUUCAGCCUCCUGAGGGGGAAGAGGUGUUGUUGUGAUGUGUUGGUGUGUGUGGACCAUGUUAAUUACUUAGUAAUGUGGACACCUGAGGAACUUGAAGCUUUUGACCCGCUCCACUACAGCCCCUUCGAUGUGGAUGGGGGCAUGCUCAGCCCUCCGUUUCCUGUAGUCCACGAUAAGCUAAUUUGUCUUGCUGACGUUGAGGGAGAGGUUGUUGUCUUGGCACCACACUGCCAGGUCACUGACCUUCUUGCUAUAGGUAGUCUCAUCGUUGUUGGUGAUCAGGCCUACCACCGUCGUGUCGUCAGCAAACUUAAUGAAGGUGUUGGAGUCAUGUGAGUACAGGAGGGGACUAAGCACAUACUCCUGAGGGGCCCCCGUGUGUUGAGGGUCAGCGUGGCGGAUAUGUUGUAGCCUACCCUCACCACCUGGGGCCAGCCCGUCAGGAAGUCCAGGAUCCAGUUUCAGAGGGAGGUGUUCAGUCCCAGGGUCCUGAGCUUAGUGAUGAGCUUGUAAGGCUCUAUGAUGUUGAACGCUGACCUGUAGUCAAUGAACAGUAUUCUCACAUAGGUGUUCCUCUUGUUCAGGUGGGAGAGGGCAGUGUGGAGUGCAAUAGAGUGCGUCAGCUGUGGAUCUGUUGAGGCGGUAUGCGAAUUGGAGUGGGUCCAGGGUGUCUGGGAUGAUGGUGUUGAUGUGAGCCAUGACCAGCCUUUCAAAGCAUUUCAUGGCUACAGAUGUGAGUGCUACGGGGCAAUAGUCAUUUAGACAGGUUACCUUGGCGUUCUUGGGCACAGGGACUAUGGUGGUCUGCUUGAAACAUGUAGGUAUUACAGACUGGGUCAGGGAGAGGUUGAAAAUGUCAGUGAAGACACCCGCCAGCUGGUCAGUGCAUGUUCUGAGUACGCAUCCUGGUAAUCCGUCUGGCCCCGCGGCUUUGUGAAUUUUAACCUGUUUAAAGGUCCUACUCACAUUCCCUACGGAGAGCGAGAUCACACAGUCAUCCGGAACUACUGGUGCUGUCAUGCAUGGUUCAGUGUUGCUUGCCUCGAAGUGAACAUAGAAGGCAUUUAGCUCCUCUGGUAGGCUUGCGUCACUGGGCAGCUCACGACUGGGUUUCCCUUUGUAAUCCUUGACAUCUGACGAGUGUCAGAGCCGGCGUAGUAGGAUUAGAUCUUAGUCCUGUAUUGACACUUGGCCUGUUUGAUGGCUCAUCAGAUGUCGUAGCGGAUUUCUUGUAAGUGUCUGGAUUAGUGUCCCGCCUCUUGAAAGCUGCAGCUCUAGCGUUUCUGUGUGUGGGGUAAAAGUGACCUAGAGUUUUGUUGACUCUAGUUGCACAGGUGACAUGAUGGUAAAAAUAAGGCAAAAUGGAUUUCAGUUUCCCUGCAUUAAAAUCACCGGCCACAAGAAGCGCCCUCUCUGGAUGUGGAUUUUCUUGUUUGCUUAUGGCCCUAUACAGAGCGUUGAGUGCGGUCUUAGUGCCAGCAUCGGUUUGUGGUGUAUGAUGUCAUACUAAUGAGUAGGGUGAGCUGGCCAAUCAGCAGUCUAGAGGAGGAUGAGCUGGCCAAUCAGUGGUCUAUUCGCAUUCAUAUUUUUAAUGACCGAUAUACACCCACACCAUUCUGUUGUUGGAGUAUGCCCACACCACCGGAGGUUGGUGGCACCUUAAUUGGGGAGGACGGGCUUGUGGUAAUGGCUGGAGCGGAAUAGGUGGAAUGGUAUCAAAAACAUCGAACACAUGGUUUCCAUGUGUAAAUAAUUGAAGUGUUUCAUUCCAAAAUGCUCUAUAUACAUUUUCUGAAAUGUUGGUAAAUUAGGUCUUAUUGUUUAAAGAAUUUAUGAAAGAGAUUGGUGUGUUAUUUCACCAUCUAAUCAGGGCAUGGGCUUGUUCAAUGACAGACAUGUAUUUGUUUAAAAUCUAUCACUUGAUGGUUUCAUUUAAGAGAAACAAAUAAUCCUGUUUUGUUGCAAAACGCGAGAAAUAAGUACUACUGCUAGGUUUUACACAGUUAAAUGUGACAAAUAACGAAACGUUUAAUAAAGAACUGUACAAAUGAUACAUUUGUGAAAUCAAUAUUAUUAUUUUUAAUUUAAAAAAUGAAUCACUAUAGUAAUGUGAGAUCUGUAUGUAAAAUGUUUACAUUUGACAUUAUAGUAAUCUCUUAUCCAGAGCGACAGUUAGUGCAUUAUGAUAGCUAGGUGAGACAACCACAUAUCACAGUGAAAUAUACAGGAUACGAACAUUCCAUUCCAACUAAACAAUGGAUACAUAGUGUUUUGCUAAUAAAAAAAAUAAAAAAAAUAAUACAUAUCUAAAAUAUAUUCAUAACAAAACGGAGAAAAGUAAUAUUUUACACACACACAUGAAGGUACCCAUAAGCAAUCAUGUUUUUGGUGAAAAAACACAAAUGUGAAAAAUGUGUGGAUAUAGCAUUUUGGAACGAAACUUCAAUUAUAGGUCAUAUUUCAUAGAAUUCUGGACACACUGGACAGUUACUUUAAGGCAAUGUCCCACCAACUUGACACUGACAGAGAUAAGAUGACGGAAGAAAAAUACACUUUAACUACCUCAUGAAAUUCUACCUCAUGAAAUUCUACCUCAUGAAAUGGUAUACCUUUGUUGUUCUACCUUAUAAAUUGUUCUACCCUUGUUGAUUUAAUAUUUGCAAGAAUGCAUGCCCCCCUUGAGGCGACUUGCAUGCCCCUAUGAGGCUCUGGUUUAGGAGAAGCUGCUCAAUACUCAUAAUCUACAUCAGGCUUACACGUAAUGACAGGAUUUCAAGCAUAUAGUCAUCAAAAUGACAUGUGUGACAACCAGUACAGCAUGAGUGUGGACAAAUGACAGGAGGUCCCAAAAAUGAUCAUAUUUACAAAAUGAAAUGUCCCUCUCAUUGUUAAAAGAUCGCAAGGUAAAACAGAAAGAUGGGACAUUAGGGGUUAGGGGUCUUGCAUAAACAUAUUGAGGACCCCCUUAAGUUCUAUAUUAUGUUAUCAUUGCAUUGUGCAUUUUGUAUUUUACAGUGUUUAAAAAAAUAAUUUGGCAGAGUGUAAAUAAUCACCUGAUACACAUUACAAUAACAUGAUUUUACAAUCAUGUUUUUCUUGUGCAACAACUUGAGGAAUCUGAGAUCACAGUACAGGAAAAGCUAUUUAUUCCAAUACUUCCAACUAUUCCAACUUCCAUCUAAUCCUUAUCCGAUUAUACAAGCUGUUUCUGUGUGAACACUCAUUCACAAGGGUUCAUUACAAUCAAAGGAAGGUAGCAUGAAGCAUCUGAGAGCUAGAAGCAUGGAAUCUUCCAUCUAACUGCUAAAUUAGGGACAAUUACAUGCAAUUUUUUACCACUAUGUUCACCCACUGAAUUAAUUAAUUAAUUAAUUAAUGAACGGACGGAUGGAUGGACGAGUGAAUUAAUGAAGGAGUGAAUAAAUGAAUUCCAAAACGGUUCCAAGCCAUUACCUGGUGCAGUGACUGACCCGUCUCUAGACUCGCUUUGACCUUGUGUUUGUGUCACUGAGCAUGUCCCCAAGCUCCACUGUCGCCCUCACCCACUGCCCCCUUCACUCCCUGCCCCCCUGCCUGCUUACUGUAAUUACUGUCAACGACUUAGACUAGCAGGCUGGAAAUCACAGGAGACAGGUCACUUUGACCCAGGCCAGACAGUUUUUUGUGUGAUUCCUAUGAAUACUGAGAAAGCCAGAGAGAACAGAACCCAGUAGAAACAUGAAUGAAGCUUUGUUUAGAUGUUAGACCCUUGAUCAAAGAAUAGUGAAGGAAGCACUGUACUGCACUGCACCCUUUCUUUCCAUUAAUAUAUAGGGAGAAGAAAUAUGCAACAGAAUACAAGGACCGAGACCACAUUCAUUAUGUAAAUAAAAUAGAACUAUUAAGAAUGAGAACACAUUUUCUGGGUGUCAUGUGAAUCUGAAGCUCAGUGCAUUACCUUAUAGAUCAUGUGUGUGUGUUUGUCUCUGCUACUGCAGGUAUUGUACAAGUGGGUUUCUUUUGUGUGUUUUGAAUGGUAAAAUAUACUGUAUGUGUGUCCUUUUUCUGUCCUCAGGUGGCUUCCUGAUCCCAUACAUGCUCAUGCUGGUCCUGUUGGGUGUACCCUUGUUCUACAUGGAGUUAGCCAUUGGCCAGAAGAUGCGUCUGGGCAGCAUUGGAGCAUGGAGAGCUAUUAGCCCCUAUCUGGGGGGAGUGGGUGAGUACUGAAUAUAUACAGUACCAGUCAAAAGUUUGGACACACCUACUCAUUCCAGGGUUUUUCUUUAUUUUUACUAUUUUCUGCAUUGUAGAAUAAUAGUGAAGACAUCAAAACUAUGAAAUAACACAUAUGGAAUCAUGUAGUAACCAAAAAAGUGUUAAACAAAUCGAAAAAUAUUUUAUAUUUGAGAUUCUUCAAAGUAGCCACCCUUUGCCUUGAUGACAGCUUUGCAUACUCUUUGCAUUCUCUCAACCAGCUUCAUGAAGUAGUCACCUAGAAUGCAUUGCAAUUAACAGGUGUGACUUGUUAAAAGUUAAUUUGUGUAAUUUCUUUCCUUCUUAAUGCGUUUGAGCCAAUCAGUUGUGUUCUCACGAGGUAGGGUGGUUAUACAGAAGAUAGCCCUAUUUGGUAAAAGACCAAGUUCAUAUUAUGGCAAGAACAGCUCAAAUAAGCAAAGAGAAACGACAGUCCAUCAUUAAUUUAAGACAUGAAGGUCAGUCAAUCCGGAAAAUGUAAAGAACUUUCAAAGUUUCUUCAAGUGCAGUUGCAAAAACGAUCAAGCGCUAUGAUGAAACUGGCUCUCAUGAGGACCACCACAGGAAAGGAAGACCCAGAGUUACCUCUGCUGCAGAGGAUAAGUUCAUUAGAAUAACUGCAUCUCAGAUUGCAGCCCAAAUAAAUGCUUCUUGGAGUUCAAGUAAUAGACAUAUCUCAACAUCAACUGUUCAGAGGAGACUGCGUGAAUCAGGCCUUCAUGGUCGAAUUGCUGCAAAACAAACACUACUAAAGGACACCAAUAAAAAUAAGAGACUUGCUUGGGCGAAGAAACACGAGCAAUGGACAUUAGACCAGUGGAAAUCUGUCCUUUGGUCUGAUGAGUCCAAAUUUGAGAUUUUUGGUUCCAACCGCCGUGUCUUUGUGAGACGCAGAGUAGGUGAACGGAUGAUCUCUGCAUGUGUGGUUCCCACCGUGAAGCAUGGAGGAGGAGGUGUGAUGGUGUGGGGGUGCUUUGCUGGUGACACAGCAUUCUGCAGCGAUACGCCAUCCCAUCUGGUUUACGCUUAGUGGGACUAUAAUUUGUUUUUCUACAGGAUAAUGACCCAAAACACACCUCCAGGCUGUGUAAGGGCUAUUUGACCAAGAAGGAGAGUGAUGGAGUGCUGCAUCAGAUGACCUGGCCUCCACAAUCACCUGACUUCAACCCAAUUGAGAUGGUUUGGGAUGAGUUGGACCGCAGAGUGAAGGGAAAGCAGCCAACAGGUGCUCAGCAUAUGUGGGAACUCCUUCAAGGCUGUUGGAAAGGCAUUCCAGGUGAAGCUGGUUGAGAGAAUGCCAAGAGUGUGCAAAGCUGUCAUCAAGGCAAAGGGUGGCUACUUUGAACAAUCUCAAAUCUAAAAUAUAUUUUGAUUUGUUUAACACUUUUUUGGUUACUACAUGAUUCCAUAUGUGUUAUUUCAUAGUUUUGAUGUCUUCACUAUUAUUCUACAAUGUAGAAAAUAGUAAAAAUAAAGAAAAACCCUUGAAUGAGUAGGUGUGUCCAAACUUUUGACUGGUACUGUAUAUAUAUCAUUUAUUUAUUUAUUAUUAUUAAUAAUACUUUUUUGGACAGAGGACACUGCACAUAGAGUGCUGCACAUGUAUGGGUGCACACUGCCAUUGAAAAAAGUACAUAAACUUGCCUAUAAUUUAUCACACACAUAUUUAAAUAUAUGGUUUUGUUACAUUUAGGCCAGUACUACUGUGUCAAAUGUACAGUGUUGGGGAAGCUAAAUAUAGUUUAUAGUUUAAGCUACCAAUAUAUAGUUUACUUAACUAAAGUUACUUUGAAAAAGUAGUUCACUACAUACAAACUACUUUGUGAAAAAUUACCAUAUGUAAAUCUGAAAUGUCAUCGAUUACAAAUUGCAAGAACAGUUCACUUUGGGGUCUUUUGUUAACAAAAUGUGUAAUUUAGCCUAUUAAACACAAAAAUGAUGUUUCAAGUGAGAAUUAGGCAGGUCUGAAGAAAGGAAAGUAUUGUCUACUUCACCCAUAUUUUCUAUUCUUUUUGCAAAAAAUGUAGUGUGUAGUUCCAGUAGUUAACUACACCACUACCUGGCAAAUAAGUAAUUAACCAGAGGGUUCUACAUGGAAACCAAAUGGGUUCAACCUGGAACUAAAAAGGGUUCUACCUGCAACCAAAAAGGGUUCUCCUAUGGGGACAGCCGAAGAACCCUAAAAUGUAAGCUACUGUAAAAAGUAAUUAAAUUACUAGUUGAAUUACAUGUAGUUUACUUCUCCCCAACACUGCAAAUCUAUUUCAACAACCAAAUAAAAGUAUCCUCAUCAAAGAUGCAAAUGAGAUAUUAUCUGCUUAUAGUUUAAAUAGAUAUGUUCUUCUCUCUGCUGGUUCCAGGUCUGGCCAGUGUUGUGACCUCCAUGUACCUAUGCCUCUAUUACAAUGUCAUCAAUGCAUGGAGUUUCUGGUACCUCUUCCAUUCAUUCCAGGUUAGUUCCAGUCUCACAAUGGCAAAAUUAUAUUUAUUUUCGAUAGAGCAAUUCAAAGUAUUUGACCUGCAUUCAGAUGUAUGAUGUGAUCAUAAAAUGUAGACAAUCUUCAAUAAGUUGUUACAAUCUUAUUACAAGCUGUAUCAACAGGCUCACUCAGCUUUGAGGACAGACUAUUGGUGUUGUGCAGACUGUUUUGUUUGGAUCUUUAGAAGAUGCAAUUCUUUGUUCUAUUUCUAUCUGUAACGUCCUGUGCCUGACCUGACCUGUGCUGUUUCCUCCCACUCUGCUCCAGUCGGUCCUGCCAUGGGCAGAGUGCCCGAUUAACAGCAACCUGACCGGCCCUGUGGAGGAAUGUGAGCGGGCCACGCCCACCCAGUACUUCUUCUACAGAGAGACCCUGGACAUUUCCGGGUCCAUCGAGGAGAACGGAGGGAUCCACAUGGGACAGGCGCUCUGCCUCCUGCUGGCCUGGAUGAUUGUCUACCUGUUCAUCGUCAAGGGGGUCAAGUCCACCGGGAAGGUGAGAGGUCAGAGGUCAGCUCGGUAACGAUGGACAGGGUCAAGACAGUUAUGGCACCCUUAUGUCAUGCAAGCUGCAGAUCUAGUGGAUGUAGGUCACUAUUGUCUCCUAUGUCAUAAGGUACAGUGAGGGAAAAAAGUAUUUGAUCCCCUGCUGAUUUUGUACAUUUGCCCACUGACAAAGAAAUGAUCAGUCUAUAAUUUUAAUGGUAGGUUUAUUUGAACAGUGAGAGACAGAAUAACAAAAAAAAAAUCAAGAAAAACGCAUGUCAAAAAUGUUAUAAAUUGAUUUGCAUUUUAAUGAGGGAAAUAAGUAUUUGACCCCCUCUCAAUCAGAAAGAUUUCUGGCUCCUAGGUGUCUUUUAUACAGGUAACGAGCUGAGAUUAGGAGCACACUCUUAAAGGGAGUGCUCUUAAUCUCAUCUUGUUACCUGUAUAAAAGACACCUGUCCACAGAAGCAAUCAAUCAAUCAGAUUCCAAACUCUCCACCAUGGCCAAGACCAAAGAGCUCUCCAAGGAUGUCAGGGACAAGAUUGUAGACCUACACAAGGCUAGAAUGGGCUACAAGACCAUCGCCAAGCAGCUUGGUGAGAAGGUGACAACAGUUGGUGCGAUUAUUCGCAAAUGGAAGAAACACAAAAUAACUGUCAAUCUCCCUCGGCCUGGGGCUCCAUGCAAGAUCUCACCUCGUGGAGUUGCAAUGAUCAUGAGAAUGGUGAGGAAUCAGCCCAGAACUACACAGGAGGUUCUUGUCAAUGAUCUCAAGGCAGCUGGGACCAUAGUCACCAAGAAAACUAUUGGUAACACACUACGCCGUGAAUAUAAGUGUCUGGAACUCUAUCGGAGGGAUGCAACACCAUUCUUACACGAGAAAUUCCAUAAUUUUGUGUUUUGUUGAUGGUGGUGAAAACGCUGUCAUAGGCGCCGCUUGCAGAAUCUCCCAUAAGUGUUUAAUUGGGUUGAGAUCUGGUCACUGAGACAACCAUGGCUUAUGGUUUCCAUCGUUUUCAUGCUCUUCAAACUAUUCAGUGAACCCUCAUGCCCUGUGGAUGGGGGCAUUGUCAUCCUAUGGGGGAAUAGCCAUGGUAGCCAAAAUAAUGGCCUGCCCAGCAUGUUUAUACAUGACCCUAAGUAUUAUGGGAUGUUAAUUGCUUAAUUAACUCAGGAACCACACCUGUGUGAAAGCACCUGCUUUCAGUAUACUUUGUAUCCCUCAUUUAGUCAAGUAUUUCCAUUAUUUUGGCAGUUACCUGUAUCUUUACUGAGCAGAGGAAAACAGUCAGCUGAGAGGUGACCUCGAUAACAAAGAAAAGGGUCAAGAAAGUUCUUCGUAAUGGCGAGACAAGGUACAAACUGUUCAAGACUCUUAUAUGGUCAGAAAAUUGUCCAUCAAGGCAAUGGUGAAUAAAACAAUUAAAGUUUGUGGCUGCAGAGUUUGCUAACUCAGAAUGAUGGGGCAGGGGAAGGGGAAGCAGAUCCAAUGGAUCUUUACUGAACUGAGGAAAACAUCAGCUGAGAGAGUGAGGGGGCCUCAUAGGAAAGUUUUGAAAACCUUGGCCUACUUCAUUACAUAACUAUCUAGAGUGGGAGUCUCUGAGGAGACAAGCCAGGGUGAAAGUAAAGGAUACUGUGUCAACACAGACAGAGAACUGUUUUCUGGUCUGCUGUUCACAGUGGAUUCAUGGCAGGGCCGGCGUUAUGGGCGGGCCCUAGGGUGCCUGGCCCGCCCUGUCGUACCUCCUUGCCCAUCCGAAUAAAAUAUAGAAAUAUUAAUAAUUUAUUUGACCGAGACGCGCACUGACAGAAAGACGCAUCAAUCUCAGAUAAAGCAUCCGAGGAAGCGAAACAGCACCCCUCUGUCUCCGUAUGUGUAGACCAUGUAUUUGAUGCUGUCUAUACAAAAGGAGUAUGGCAUGUUUUACUUUUUCAGGCCAGACAGCAUCAGAUACAUGGGCAACAUUUUUACAUGUACAUUUUUACAUUUUAGUCAUUUAGCAGACGCUCUUAUCCAGAGUGACUUACAGUAGUGAGUGCAUACAUUUUCAUACUUUAUUUCCAUACUGGUCCUACAUAUAGUAAGACAGAGGCCGCUGUUUGCUUGCUAGUUUCAGCAGAGAGGAAGAGGCGACACAAGAGGGCUCACUCUCGCCAAACUCUGUCCUGAAUAAGCCCAAUGUGUUUCUAUGGGCAUAAUAUGCAGACCUAAGCUUGUCGCCUGCAUUCCUGCCUUUGGGACAACGACUCGCAUUGUUAGGGCGGAGACAUGAGAAUCUCUUCAUUAUAUACAAAUAUCUGGUUUCAGCCACUGUUCGGAUGCUGGCUUCCCCUAAAGUAAAUUGAUGUUUUGCCAAAAUUAAAUAAUUACUCCUGUCUAAAUGAAAUCAUUAAAAAUACUUUACCAGAGAGCUUGACUUAGCCACAUAGGAUCAUUAGCUUCUUCAUUUUUUAAACUAGCUGUGGAUUGUUUCAAAUCACAAGUGCAUAGGCUUAUAUCUCUCUCCAGAAUGCAUGUACUCAGCUCUCAAGAAUGUGCUCCAAUGUCUCCCAACAAUUCUUGAACAUUCAUUGUUUUAUUGUGCGAAUUGUUUGCCCUUUGAUUGUUUAUUUUGAUAAAUUCGCCAUUACAUACAGUAUGUAACCAGUAGGCCUAAUAAAGGUACCGUUAAUCCCCCGUCAUUUGGUUACAUACAUUUCUGUUAAUGCAUGUAUUACAGUCAUUUACCGUUCUCAUUCUUGGAGUGGAAACGUUUGCAGAGUUUACAACCUGCUACACUUCUGAGAAACAAGUUUUUGUUUAUUUUUUGUUUGGAGUGCUCCAUGUGAGCAAUUAGCAUGUGUAUGGUUUCUCUGUCAUAAUUUGAGGGAGUGCACAUGUCUGAGCACGCCAACCUGCUGAGUUGAUACAAUGUUGCACUUCACUGUGCUACGCCACUGGAAACAGGCAUAGUAGAGAGAUUAAUGCGAUUGAAAAAACAGAAUUUUCAACAGGAUAUUUUCUACAGUUUUUAUUUUACUUUGUUGACGAUGGAGGUUAUAGGUCUACUGCUGCAUUGGCCUAUAGGCUAUCUCUGAGUUCCAUGUGCUAAUUUCUUUAGCCGCCAAUGGAUCACAGUGUAUCAAUGUGUCCAUGUGGCAAAGGCUGGUGCUCUUGCAUUAGUUGCAGUUUAACUUUGAGAUUUGUAUUAUUUAAAUGAAACUGUUCCAUGAAAAAUAACUGGCACGCAGAUGGGUAGAAAUGGUAGGAUAAAUUGUAAGCUUCCCCAAACUUGAAACUCACAAGCUGUCUAUGAUCUUUAUUAUAACGCGCAAGCGCAUGCACACAGGAGGUCCCAUGAAAACUGAUUCGUUCUGAUUCGUUCUGGCACCGGCCCUGAUUCAAGGGGUUUUUGAUAUUGAUAUGAUCUCUCAUCUAAAAUGACCUAAAAGAGGUUCAUCAAAUCAAAUCACAUUUUAAUCGUCACAUGCUUUGUAAACAACAGGUGUAGAUUAACAGUGAAAUGCUUUCUUAUGGGCCCUUCCCAACAAUGCAGAGAGAAAUAAUAGAAAAGUAAUGACAUCGUUAUCAAUUGAUGGGAAGAUAUACACAAACAAGUUCACUUUCACCUACAACUUCACAGUAAAUUCAGCGAGCAAUGUUAUAAACCCGUGGGAAAAGUGUGCCAAAUCUGUGUUAGCAAACAGGGAAUCAGUGCAGCAUAGAUGAACUUUGACCCUGAAUCCUUCUGCUGUUUCUGCCCUCUCUAGGUGGUGUACUUCACAGCCACCUUCCCCUACCUGGUCCUCAUCAUCUACCUCAUCCGUGGGGUCACCCUUCACGGAGCCAUCAACGGUGUCAAGUACAUGUUCACGCCUAAGGUAUGAAUGGUUAGAUGAAUGAAAUAACGUUAUUGAGCCCCAAUAACCUCUGUUUUCACAGCCAAGGUAUGGUGGCUCAUGGACAUUGUUCUGUUCUGUUUAAUCAUGCUUUACAUAUGUGUGUGUGCUACUAAUGUGUGUGUGUGUGUGUGUUUGCUGCCUCAGAUGGAACAGCUGGCCAACCCCACUACGUGGAUCAACGCGGCCACUCAGAUCUUCUUCUCUCUGGGCCUGGGCUUUGGAUCCCUCAUCGCCUUUGCCAGCUACAACCAGUACAACAACAACUUUGAGAAGCAGGCCAUCGUCGUGUCCAUGGUCAACAGUGGCACCUCCAUCUUCGCCAGUAUCGUCACUUUCUCCAUCUAUGGCUUCAAGGCCACCUUCAACUACGAGAGCUGCCUGGAGAGGUGAGGCCCUGGGUGGGGUCGCGGCCUGGUUGGUUUUCUCAUUGACUUUUGCAUUGAACUUUCAACUCAGAGUAGUAGGUGACACCAGUCAGCAGCACUCAGCAAGUAGAAACGUAAACAAUUCUAGGUCAAACAUAUACAAUUAAUUUAAUGUCUGUAGACUGUAGCAGUUUCUGCAGACAUACAGAUGGAACAGAUGGCAGGUGCUUGGACUUGGGAAGGCAUUAUAAUCUAGAUCAGCAAUGAGAGGAAAUGUAUAUGGGGCUAGACAUACUGUAUGCUUCAGAUCAGAAAUGCCCUUUCCAGUGGUGUAGCACAGCCAUUAAUAAUGUCAUAAGCCAUGGCAAAAUGUUUAGAAUGACAGGAAAUUAGCUAUAAAACUGCAAAAUCUUCUUUCAACCUCAUGGCAAAAUGCGUAGAAUAGCAGAAAAUGUGCUUUAAAACUGUAACAUUUUCUCUCAGCCUCAUAGCAAAAUGUGUAGAAUAGAAUGAUAUUAGCUAUAAAACAGUACAUGUUUCUCUCUGCCAGUGGUGUACCGCUAUAAAACAGCACAUGUUUCUCUCUGCCAGUGGUGUACCGCUAUAAAACUGCGCUACACCACUGGCCCUUUCAUGACACUGACAUUUCUCGUCUUCUCCCAGGGUGCGACUGCUGCUCCUGAACACCUUUGAUCUAGCAGAGGACACCAUCAGUCUGGAGAAUGUCAACCACUGGAUCGCUGAGCUGAACAGGACAUACCCAGAACAGUUUGCCAGUCUGGGAGGUAGGCUGGAGACCUGUGACCUAGAGGCUGAACUAGACACGGUAGGUAAUCAUGAUGACACACAACUCAAAUGAACUAAUAAACUCAAUAGAACUUAAUUUACUACCUCUCUUAGGGCUCGAUUCAAUCUGAAUCGGGGAAGUUCUGCGAUAUAGCGCGACUGAAAUUUAAAGGCAAUGUUCCCGUGUUCACGGAGACUGCAUUCAGGGUAAAUGCUGCAUAAAUCGACUCAAUCCGAUCUUACCUUUACAUUUCAACCGCACUACAGCGCAGAACUUCCACGAUAUGGAUUGAAUCGAGCCCUUAAUCUAACAAAAUACCUCUGGUUUCCUGCCAAUAUGUAAAGGCAAUAAAAACGUCUCUCACCAUUCUAUAAAUGUUUAAUCUUUUAGUCAUAGUUCAAAGUCACCUAUUCAACUUUAUUCGACUCUGUAGUGGUGGUAGUGAGAUGUGGCAAAUAUCAUUGGCUGUUGCAGUUACAAUUAAUGUUAAUAUUUAAUUGUCAAUGCUCUCCUGGAUUUUCCAUUUUGUCCAUUCCACUUAUGUUUCCAAUGGACAAAAGCAAAAAAUAAAACACUGACUUUAGCCACUUGAAUAAUAAAUUGCGCUAUGCAGGACUGAAUAUCCACUAAGCUCUCUCUCUCUCUCUCUCUCUCUCUCUCUCUCUCUCUCUCUCUCUCUCUCUCUCUCUCUCUCUCUCUCUCUCCCUCUCUCUCUCCCUCUCUCUCUCCCUCUCUCUCUCCCUCCCUCUCCCUCCUCUCAGGCUGUCGAGGGUACAGGCCUGGCCUUCAUAGUGUACAGUGAGGCCAUUAAGAACAUGCCCGUGUCUCAGCUGUGGUCUGUGCUCUACUUCAUCAUGCUCCUGCUGCUGGGCAUGGGCAGUAUGCUGGGCAACGUCAUCGCCGUCAUCACCCCCCUCAGUGACUUGAAGUUCAUCAACCGCUACAUGAGCACCAAAACACUCAAUGGUGAGAGAGAAGGGGUGAUGAGGAGGGUUGAGCUAAUGUGUGAACAUUAAGCUAGUUUUAGAGUUGAGGUUGAGGGUAAGAAUUGAGCUAAGGUGUGAACAUGAAGCUAGGGUUAGGGUUGACUCGGGCAUGUCUUGUUCUUUAGGUUGGUGUGUCUGUUCUGCCUGCUGCUUGAGUUAGGUGUGUGUGUGUACAGUGAGGGAAAAAAGUAUUUGAUCCCCUGCUGAUUUUGUACGUUUGCCCACUGACAAAGAAAUGAUCAGAAAUGAUCAGUCUAUAAUUUUAAUGGUAGGUUUAUUUGAACAGUGAGAGACAGAAUAACAACAAAGAAAUCCAGAAAAACGCAUGUCAAAAAUGUUAUAAAUUGAUUUGCAUUUUAAUGAGGGAAAUAAGUAUUUGACCCCUCUGCAAAACAUGACUUAGUACUUGGUGGCAAAACCCUUGUUGGCAAUCACAGAGGUCAGACGUUUCUUGUAGUUGGCCACCAGGUUUGCACACAUCUCAGGAGGGAUUUUGUCCCACUUUGCAGAUCUUCUCCAAGUCAUUAAGGUUUCAAGGCUGACGUUUGGCAACUCGAACAUUCAGCUCCCUCCACAGAUUUCCUAUGGGAUUAAGGUCUGGAGACUGGCUAGGCCACUCCAGGACCUUAAUGUGCUUCUUCUUGAGCCACUCCUUUGUUGCCUUGGCUGUGUGUUUUGGGUCAUUGUCAUGCUGGAAUACCCAUCCACCACCCAUUUUCAAUGCCCUGGCUGAGGGAAGGAGGUUCUCACCCAAGAUUUGAUGGUACAUGGCCCCGUCCAUCGUCCCUUUGAUGCGGUGAAGUUGUCCUGUCCCCUUAGCAGAAAAACACCCCCAAAGCAUAAUGUUUCCAUCUCCAUGUUUGACAGUGGGGAUGGUAUUCUUGGGGUCAUAGUCAGCAUUCCUCCUCCUCCAAACACGGCGAGUUGAGUUGAUGCCAAAGAGCUCAAUUUUGGAAUCACCUGACCACAACACUUUCACCCAGUUCUCCUCUGAAUCAUUCAGAUGUUCAUUGGCAAACUUCAGACGGCCCUGUAUAUGUGCUUUCUUGAGCAGGGGGACCUUACGGGCGCUUCAGGAUUUCAGUCCUUCAUGGCGUAGUGUGUUACCAAUUGUUUUCUUGGUGACUAUGGUCCCAGCUGCCUUGAGAUCAUUGACAAGAUCCUCCUGUGUAGUUCUGGGCUGAUUCCUCACCGUUCUUAUGAUCAUUGCAACUCCACAAGGUGAGAUCUUGCAUGGAGCCCCAGGCCGAGGGAGAUUGACAGUUCUUUUGUGUUUCUUCCAUUUGCGAAUAAUCACACCAACUGUUGUCACCUUCUCACCAAGCUGCUUGGCGAUGGUCUUGUAGCCCAUUCCAGCCUUGUGUAGGUCUACAAUCUUGUCCCUGACAUCCUUGGAGAGCUCUUUGGUCUUGGCCAUGGUGGAGAGUUUGGAAUCUGAUUGAUUGAUUGCUUCUGUGGACAGGUGUCUUUUAUACAGGUAACAAACUGAGAUUAGGAGCGCUCCCUUUCAGAGUGUAAUCCUAAUCUCAGCUCGUUACCUGUAUAAAAGACACCUGGGAGCCAGAAAUCUUUCUGAUUGAGAGGGGGUCAAAUACUUAUUUCCCUCAUUAAAAUGCAAAUCAAUUUAUAACAUUUUUGACAUGCGUUUUUCUGGAUUUCUUUGUUGUUAUUCUGUCUCUCACUGUUCAAAUUAACCUACCAUUAAAAUUAUAGACUGAUCAUUUCUUUGUCAGUGGGCAAACGUACAAAAUCAGCAGGGGAUCAAAUACUUUUUUCCCUCACUGUAUGUGACUAACAGGUGUGUUGUCCCAUCCUACAUUUUACAUUUUUGUCAUUUAGCAGAUGCUCUUAUCCAGAGUGACUUACAAUUAGUGCAUUCAUCUUAAGAUAGCUAAGUGAGAUAACCACAUAUCACAGUCGUAGUGAGUACAUUUUUUCUCAAUAAAGAAGUUAUCAUCAAAGUCAGUGCUUGUAGGAAAAGAUAAGUGCACCUUUUCUUUUGGGGGGGGGGGGUGGGGGGUAAAACUGAGAUGUCUUAUUUAAGAUACUAUUGGAAGAGAUAGGGUUUCAGACAUUUUCGGAAGAUGGGCAGGGACUGUCUUAGCAUCGGGGGAAGCUGGUUCCACCAUUGGGGUGCCAGGACAGAGAGGAGCUUGGACUGGGCUGAGUGGGCCAAUCUUCUAGGUUUGGUGUGUGUAUGUGACUAACAGGUGUGUUGUCAUAUCCUGUAGGUCUGGUGUGUCUGUUCUGCCUGCUGCUUGGCCUGGGCUUCACCACCCGAUCUGGGAACUACUGGUUCACCAUGUUCAAUGACUAUGGAGCCACCUUCUCUCUGCUCUUCAUCGUCCUCAUCGAAGUUAUCACCGUCUGCUACAUAUAUGGCAUCAAAAGGUGUGUGUGUGUGUACAAUAUUGACAAUGAAGAAUGACUCAUUUCAGAAGCUUUCUAAGCAUCAUCACCUCAACUGUUCGAAAUCAGAAAAACUAACAUCUUGUUGUUCAGUACCUUAUCUCCAAGAAACAAUAGUUGAGCUGACAUUAUUUGAAACAGUUUCUACUCCAGAAUGUGUAGCCCUUACUGCAGUUUUGUUAGCAGCCAGUAGUUACAUCUUUAAAGUACCUCAUAAAAGUUGUAUUGUGUCCAGUAAUGCCAAACAAAACUUAGCAUAAUCAUCCACAAAUACCUCACAUUUCUUUCACACUGCUCUCAGGCUUUUGUGUUGGCUGUACUGUAGUUUUUUAAGUUGGGCUUGUACUGUUUAUUAAAAGCAAAAUGGCUUAUGAAGCAUAGAAGCAAUGUCCUUUGAAUGUUGAAGGAAUGUUGAAACUAAAAUACCAUGGUUGUCUUUUUCCCAUCCAAAAUAUAUGAAAGUAUUUUAAGGAAGGGAAAGGGGGAUACCUAGUCAGUUGCACAACUGAAUACAUUCAAUCAAAAUAUGUCUUCCGCAUUUAACCCAACCCCUCUGAUUUAGAGAGGUGCGGGUGGCUGCCUUAAUCAACAUAGUCAUCAUGUCAAUGCUCCUGCAACCUUUCCCUCUCCAGGUUUGAGAAGGAUGUAGAAGACAUGUUAGGUCAUCGUCUUAACUGGUACUGGAAGAUCAUGUUGGCAGGAGUCAGUCCCAUCCUUCUCAUCGCACUAUUCAUCUUCUACAUCAUCAACUACAUCCAGGGAGGAACGCCCACAUACCAGGCCUGGAACAAAGAACUGGUAAGACCUCUCUUUUUAUCUCCAAUAUCUUAUCAAUAACCCUGAUAUUACACUAACAAGCACAGCACUCGCCCAGAAAACUGGUAAGAUAAGAUAGUACUUUAUUAAUCCCCAAAGGGGGAUUUGAUUGUACCAGUCAUACAUGAAUGAAAGAAAAGCACUGGCACAGACUAUGCUGCUUCGGGUUUUAUUCAUGCACCCAGAUACAAUGUUAAUCCCUGCCUGUCCUGUUGUCUCCCUCUCCUCCAGGGGAAGUCUGUGGUGACGGAGUAUCCUCCCUACGCCCAAGCCUUCAUCGGCCUCCUCCUAGCCUCCUCUGUCUGCUGUAUCCCUCUGACGGCCCUCUACGCCUACUGUAAGAAGAGGAACCUGGCCAGUGGGAAGAGAGAGCGCACUGUCAGCACUGUGUCAGCGUAAAGACCGCCGUAUUGGUUGACAGACGGAGUGACACAAGGUAGAGCUGUUACAUUAGGGCUCUGAGACUGACUGGACCCGCUAGUUUUAGGAUCGACUGAUCGACAGCCUACCGUCCGUAUCAUGGUUGUCUUAACAGAACAGGACCUCAAGCCAAAGGCCCUCUUUCUCUCACCGGGGCAGGCUGGCUCGCCCGCUGUGCUGCUGGUGGACAGACUGGCAGACCUGUACCUAGCAUUAGGCCUAGUCGUCCUUUGGCAUCUAACACUUACUGGGAGAUAAUAGUGAACUUUUGUAUUUUGAUAUUUUGAUAUUUUAUCUUGUCAAUGGUUUAUUGCAUUGUUUGAAGGCCCAGUGCAUUCAAAA